AUGAAAGAGUACGAAGAAUUAGGACACAUGGUAAAGGCUCCAGAUCAUAAAAGAAUUUCAUCAAGAGAGGCUGAGAACGUUGGGCCUGAUGGGGAGAUGACCUUGGCACAUGAUGCUUCGGCAUCAGGAGAGUUGAGGGUCUCUUCUGACGGUUCAACACCUCAGACCUCUGCUCAUCUUCAACCAUAUUAUUUGCCUCACCAUGGAGUUCUAGGUCUCGACAGUUCAACAACGAAGCUCAGGGUUGUAUUCAACGGAUCAAAAGCUACGACAUCAGGCAAAUCAGUCAACGAUUUAAUGCAUACUGGUGCUAAUUUGCUCUUGAAUGUUACAGAUGUUCUAAUUUGGCUUCGCCAUUAUCACCACAUUUUUGCCACAGACAUCACAAAAAUGUAUCGCCAGGUAGCAGUUCACAAGGAUGAUUGGGAUCUCCAGCGAAUCCUUUGGAUCGAUGAAGACCGCAAUGUCAUCCCUUACCAGCUCACAACUGUCACGUACGGUACAAAGGCGGCUCCCUUCCUGGCGACACGAGCACUCAUGCAACUUGUUCACGAUGAGGGUCAUCGAUUCCCUCUGGCAACGCCUUCGCUCACACAUGGCAGAUAUGUGGACGAUAUCUUUGGAGGAGCAGACUCAAUUUCGGAACUUGUGGAGGUCGCUCAACAGCUGAUUGCAUUGUGCAACGCGGGCGGAUUUCCACUCGCAAAAUGGCAUGCGACUCACCCAGAUCUUCUACGGGCUGUUUCGUCAUCCACACAAUCGUCAGCUCCCAUAUCAUUUGACGACUGCACUACCAAAUUACUCGGUAUUCAAUGGAUGCCUCAAACUGACGCAUUCGGCUUCUCAUCAACUUUGACUGAUCAACCAAGUAAGUGUUCAAAACGCCUCGUAUUGUCCGAAGUGGCUCGGAUAUUUGAUCCAUUAGGUUUCGUCUCACCGGUAAUAGUACGAGCAAAAAUGCUAUUACAAGAACUCUGGCUACUCAAAAUCAAUUGGGACGACCAAUUACCGUCUCAGAUUGCAUCACGAUGGUUCAUCAUCAGAGAAGAUCUCAAAGGUUUGGCCAAACUGACAAUUCCAAGAUGGUUCAACACAUGGAACAAUUCAACUGUAGAAAUUCAUGGAUUCUCUGAUGCUUCUCAACUUGCCAUGGCAGCAGUGAUUUACAUCACUGUCAGCUCUCCGUCCAACGACUCAAUGACGUCACUUGUCUGCUCUAAGACAAAAGUUGCACCACUGAAGAGGCUCACGAUACCCAGAUUGGAGUUGUCGGCCGCACUCCUACUGGCAAAACUCACAAAAUAUGUUCAAUCAACGCUCAAGGUUAAGAUCAAUGCAACGCACCUGUGGACGGACUCUCAAGUUUCGCUCAUAUGGAUCAAAUCGCAAGCAUCACGUUGGAAGGAUUAUGUUCGGAACAGAGUCAUUCAGAUCCAAGAACUCACUCCAAAUGCGCAUUGGAGGCAUGUUCCAGGUACUUCUAAUCCAGCCGACUGUGCUUCCCGAGGCAUUUCGACAGAUCAACUUCAACGAUUCGAGCUUUGGUGGAAGGGUUCUCCAUGGAUGGCUCGAAAUCAAGAUCAUUGGCCAGAGCAAAAGGAAUUCUCAACUUUAACCAGCGAGCUCAAAGUGAGACCCAAUGUCUCACUCUUUGCUUCAGCUCAAAAGCUAAGUUAUCAUUGGGAUCUCAUUUACAAAUAUUCAUCUCUUAUUAAGCUGUAUAGACUGACUGCACUUUGUUUCAGGUUUGCCUCACGGCUUAAGAGAAAGCUCGAAACUCCCCCUGUGAUCAUCAUACCAUCCUGCGACAUGGAGAAGGCGCAGCUCUUUUGGAUUCACGCGACUCAACACUUGUACUUCACCAGCGAAAUCAAGACGCUCAACUCAGGCUCAACCCUGCCUGCAACUCACCCCUUCAGUCGCCUCACCGCCUUCAUCGAUUCGCAGGGAACAAUACGAGUAGGAGGAAGACUCACAAACACAGCGCUCAGCAGGGAUGAAAAACAUCCAGCGAUCCUCCCACGGGACGCUCACCUGUCGAAGAUCAUCAUUGAAGAUGCUCACAAGCGAACAUUUCACGGAGGAACGCAGCUCACGCUCGCAUACAUUCGACAACGGUACUGGAUCAUCGGUGGCAGAGCUCCUGUAAAAUCUCACAUUUUGAGAUGUGUCGUGUGUGCUCGUCAGAGGGGGAUUCGUGCUCGUCAGAUGAUGGGUCAACUACCUCUCUGUCGAGUCACACCAUCACGACCAUUCGCUCACACCGGUGUCGACUAUGCAGGACCGAUCACAAUGAAAAAUUCAAGGGGAAGAGGCUCGAAAACAAUCAAAGGAUGGAUCUGCGUGUUCGUAUGCUUCUCCUCAUCAGCUGUUCACCUCGAGGUUGUCAGCGAUUACUCAACCGAGGGAUUUCUGGCAGCCUACAGAAGAUUCUCAUCACGAAGAGGGAUCUCUGACUGUGGUACAAAUUUUAUUGGAGCACAGGCAGAGCUCAAACGCCUGUUCACGUCAAGUUCACAGGAGCACCGACAGAUCGCAUCGAUUCUGUCAGCUGACAGCACUCAAUGGAUGUUCAACCCACCAGCUGCUCCUCACAUGGGAGGAAAAUGGGAAGCUGUGGUGAAAUCAAUCAAGUACCAUCUCAGGAGAACAAUUGGUGAGCUCUUACUAACAUUCGAAGAGUUUUCCACUCUCCUCACACAGAUCGAAGCGGUGCUCAACUCAAGACCAUUGGAGCCGCUCAGUGACGAUCCCGACGACAACUCUGCUCUCACCCCAGGACACUUCCUCAUCGGUUCAGCGCUCAACACGAUACCAGAACCAUCACUGCUCGACGUCUCACCAGGUAGAUUGUCGAAAUGGCAACUGAUCCAGCAGAGGGUUCAACACUUCUGGUCUCAGUGGUCUCGACACUACCUGCAGAGACUUCAAUCAAUCUCAAAGUGGCAUCAUCCAUCGAACGACAUCAGGACAGGCUCGUUGGUGCUGCUCAUGAACGAGCAUCUUCCACCUAGUAAAUGGCCACUCGCAAGAGUGAUCGACGUUCACCCCGGUAAGGAUGGUCUCACCAGGGUUGCAACUGUGAAGACUGCAACCACGACUCUUGUCCGACCGAUCACGAAGCUUGUCAUCCUGCCUGUUCACCAUCAAGCUGAGCUCACCCUUGCAGAAUCAUCAUCAACGAGUUGCUGA